AUGACUGCCGUCGACACGGCCCUGCGCGCCCGCACCACCGCCGUCACAGCAGCCACCCCGGUUGCCGAGACGACAAAGUACAAGAAGCCUCACAUCUAUGAGACCAUCGAGGAGCCCACGCUGCUGCGCGAGCUCCUCCUCGACGACAUCUACGUCCUCGGCGGGCAGUUCGCCAUCCUGUGCCAGUGGGCGCACCCGGGCCUCGCCAUCGGCACCUACAAGCGCUCGAACUUUGCGAGUCGCGUCGCCAACCGGCUGAAGACGACGCUGCGCUUCAUGAACGCCGCUGUCUACGGCACCCGCGAGCAGCAGGAGGCCAUCUUCUCCGUGGUCCACCGGUACCACGCGCCCGUCCGCGGGGAAAACUACGACGCCAACGAUCCGGAGUUGCACAAGUGGACCGCCGCCACGCUUUUCGUCGCCUUCGUCGUCAUACACGAUCUCGUGUUCGGUCCGCUGCCGCGCGCCGCCCAGGAGCGGCUGUUCAAGCAGUCCGCCGUCUACGGCACGAGCCUGCGCAUGCCCGCCGAGAUGUGGCCCGAGACCCUGGACGAUUUCUGGGCGUACUGGGACCACAACAUCGCUACGCUUAAGGUUACGGACGAGGCGCGCAGCCUGGCGCGGGACCUGCUGUGGCCGGUGAACCUGCCGCUGGGGCUCACGGCGCUGUCGCCGCUCGCGCGGCUCGUCACGGCCAACGUGCUGCCGGAAAGGCUGGCGCGCGAGUACGAGCUGGAGCCGUCGGCGGCGAGCAGGGCGCUGUUCGGCACUGUCGCCUACGGCAUGGCCACGGUGUAUCCCAUGCUGCCGCUGAGCAUACGCCAGAGCAAGCACGCUGGGAGCAUGGGCGACCUGGAGCGCGCGGUCCAGAGGAUCAAGGAGACGGGACAUUGGGUCGGGACGCCGACUGCGUAA